AUGGCUGGAUUAAAGAAUGAGUUCAUCUCAGGCUUGGAUGUACCGAAUAAUCCUGCAAUAGAGACCGCCAGAGUCAUGAAGAAUCAUGGCCACCCUUCAUCAAGGGACAGUAUCAACGAGUCUGGUAAUUCUAUCAUUACAGUCGCAAACAUGCAAACCACAAACGACUUGCACGAAGAUAUCACUCAUGAGAAGAACGCUACUACCGAAGAAUCAACCGUUAAUUUGGAACUCACUGAAGGACCUCUUGUAUGCCCAUGGGGCAACACUUCACCGGAUUUCUUGUUGAAGAACGACUCUGCAAGCAAUGGAAUGCGGUACAGAAAGCUUUACCUUAGGAAUUUCUUGUGGGGUGAACACUUUUCUACUUGGGUCGAGCUUGAAAGAAGAUCAUCUCAUGAUACAUUUACAUGCUUUCCCAGACUUCCUCAUGAACUACGUAGAAAGAUAUGGCUUCACGCACUUCCAGAGCCUCGCACAAUAAGUCUUCAUUUGGCCACCGACUAUCAUUCAUAUCGUAUCCCAUGGUCCGAUGAUUUAAAGUCCCAUCUAAUUACAGCAACUCUUUGUUUUGACGAUGAUUCAAGUGCGAAUUUAUCAUCAGACUGUCUCUUAUGGAUAUGUCGAGAAUCCUCCGAGAUAUUUUUGGAACAUUAUCGUCGUCCUCGAGGAGUUAGACCUGUAGAUGGCAAAUACCAUUGCCCAGAUGGGAGACAACAAGCCGCCUGUGUACGAGUUCAAAGCAAAGGCUGGAUUGACUUUGAGGUGGAUACUCUAGUUGCCAGGAAUCUCGAACACACUUUUUACGAGCUAGCGCGGCUUCAAAGCCGCCCAGAUCUCUCCGCAAUUACCAAUCUUACCAUCUCUGAAACCCCACUUUACGAAGCUUCCAACGACCCAUGGUGGACGAAUACUGUUCCAUUUCUCAUAGAAGAGCAAUUCCCUAGACUGAAGCACCUGUCUUUGAUUGCUAAUCAUGCCGAGGAGGCUGUCGAAUGGAAAUAUUCAAGGGGUCAUUUCGGUCCUUUGGCAGUUGUAAAAGCAACAGACGUCAACUUCAUGAACGAGCUAAAGCGUGUCCUACAAAUUGACCGACUUAGCAUAUUCGAUAUGGAUAAUGAAGAAUUUACGGAUUCUGGACAGAAGGACGCAGCUCUUGCAAAUCCAAAGGUAUUGGAAAUGCAAUUUCUCCAUGGAGCAAACAUGAGCUACUGGAAGAAUGUCGAGGUUACUCUAGCUUUUCUGGUACAUUGGGAGAAAGACGGAGAGGCGUUACCCUUUGAUGGAUUACAACCAGCAUGCGAAAACCAUCUUCACUUCACCUUUUCUCCGUAUCCUACUGGCAAAAUGCACAUACGUUGGUGGGGACAAGAGUAUGUCAUUCCAACUGAUGAGGACGGAAUAGCUAAUGGUGAAUAUUGGGGUGUCAGAGAGCUCUUUGAUGACCAUGAAACAUCCGACAGACCCAAACCCUCGCAAUGGCCAUGGAAUUAUGGAUAUGAUAUAGUAGUUAGUAGGGGAUCCUGUUGGGUCCAGAAGCAGACAUAG